ACCUUACUUUUUGAACACACCUCGUAUAUAUAUAUGCCCUAAGGUAGUAGUGGGACGUAUAAAGUUUGACCUCCGCAAUCAAUAAAUCACAUUAAAAAGGGAUUUCCGAAAAAUGACAAAGGCAAAAGAUGACCAAAAGAUGACCAAAAGAUGACCCAUAAUUGUCCAUUGUCUGGUUGGUUUUCUUAAGACAAAAGAGUGUAUUUUUUCACCUUCAAAUUAUGGCUAAGAAAUAUAGUUAGUAAGUGGUCAAAAUGAACUUCUUUGCUAAUUGAAAAAUGAGGAAUAAUUCUUCUGGGUUUCCUUUUCUUUUAAAGACAGAAAUGAGCGACUUUAAAAGGAAUAUUGUUAGUACCCAAACUAAACUCCUUAAACUUAAAACAUUACUAAGAACUAGAUAACUCAAACCUCUAAAUAAUUCUAAUAAUUAACCCAUAAUUGUUUACGUUCUCCCUUUACCCCAUUAAGACAAGAAAUCAUAGCUUCCACCUUUACACUUGGUAACCAAAAUGAACACUUCCCCUUUAAUGGGUGAGAAGAAAGAAAAAAAAGGAAAACCUUUUUUGUAUCAUUUGGCUCUGGCUUUUCUCUCCAUUUUCUUCUGGGCCAGUCAGGUCUCAUCAUCCGCUCGACUUUGUUUUGCUUGCGCUUAUUUUUUUCUUUCUUUUCUUUCCAGCUUUUGGCUUGAUAUCCUUUUUGUCGCUUUAGCCAGAGUCCUUUUACUUCGCGUUUGCCUUUUACUAACCCAGACAGCUCCCACAUAGACAUAUAUGUAUGUAUGUAUGUAACUACAUAGCCUAGCAGCUACAUAUAUGUUUUUACAGCUGCCAAAAGGCUGGCUGCGCUUGGCUUCUUUGCAGCCGAGUGUUUUGUUUUUGGCUUCGUCAGCCAACUUUGGCUAUUGACAGACCUUGCCACCUCGCGUUCAUGUCCUUGCUAAAAACAUUUCGCUUUCAACGUUCAUUCCCUCCAGUCCAGGGGAAGCAUAGAAAGGAUGGAAUGUUAAGGAAAAAAAAAAUGGACAAAAUUUCAAGAUAUUUUGGUGUGGCCUACACUGCGUGCCCAAAGGCCAUAAUUAUCACGCGUUAACGUGGCGUAUACGAGAUUUUGUUUUUGGUUUAAAACUCUUAACCGAAAUUUAUGCUUUCGCUGUUGCUAAUUGUACAUUUUGUUCUUCUUGCUGUUGUGUUUAUAAUGUGAAAUUUAUUGUGUUUGUGCAUGUUUAUUAUCGCCUCGCCAUUACGUAUACGUAACACGCCCUCUCCACCCCCUCUAGCCAAACCCUCUUUAAACAUGUGCAUUUAUGUUUUACAGCGUCUGCAAAAAAUAUUAUCAAAAGUAAUAAAUGAAUAACAAAAUACAAAACAAACGCCAUCAAUAAUUCAUGGCGAAAAAAAAAAAACAACACAAACAGAAAUAACCAAAAAUAAAAGCUUGCGGCGCGUCGUUCUUUAAAUAUUUUAUAAAUUAAUUCAGCAAACAGCAUAAACGGAAUUAAAAACAAAAAAAAUAAAACCAACAAACAAACAAAAUUACAACAACAACAACAACAUAAACAUCAGGAAUUAAUGUAGUGCCUAAUGCAAUGUGUAAUAAAACCGAGUAGACCAGGCGGUGCAGCAGAUCAUUAAAUACCCGCAAAGCCCAGUUACAAAAGGGAGAAAUAUGAAAUAUAAAUUUAUAUUUAUUAUUGAAUAAAUAAGCAGAGUAAAUAUCACAUAUGCUAGCCGUGACAAACAAAUUGAAUUAUACACAAAAAAUUAAACAACAAAUACCCGUCGUCGUGUUAUGAAUGUUUGGCUAUUAAAGUGCUAACAACUUAAUUGGGGGUUACAAAGUGAUUUUGGCAACGAUUGAAUACCGAAAAGUCCAAGUGUGAUAUUGCAGCCGCGUAAAGUUUCAGAAACAGUAAAAAUUUGUGUAACUCGCAUACAGUAAAUUCGGAAGCGGAUAUCAAAGCAGCAGUUCCAGAAAUAACCCAACAUGUUGGCCUUUCACAACGAACACAUAGCCAGUUGCGCUUUUCUGACAUAUUUCAGUCCGGAGACCUCUGCCACGCCAGCCACGUCGCCGACAACGGGAGCCCAGGCUACGCUACACAAUGACAAGCAGUCCAUAGCAGGGGUUACCGCCUAUCCAUGUGGCGCUUUGAACGUGCGGCGCUUGCGCUGGCAGCAAAAUCCACAAUCCCUUGGAUAUCCUUACCCACGUCUCCAGCUGCAACGCCAUCAACAGCCAUCGCUUCGAAAUCAGCCAUCAAGUUCCGGCCGCCUCUGUUUGAGCAGCAGCAACAGCAGCCGCCACAAUUUGCGCGAUUUCUGCAAAACUCAGGCAAUUUGCUAACAGCAAUUGCAUUCCGCUGCCAGCGAUGCAAGUGCCACUUCAGCAACAACAACAUCAUCAUCAACAACAUCAUUAAGAAAUCCAACAUCAAGCAAUCCUGGAACAAUAUUAAGCACAGCAGGUCAACUUCUGCAAACGCACAAAUUGCAAAUGCAACUGCAGCCAUUACAGCAAUUGCCGGGCCAAAUUAGUCACUCGAAAUUGGUAGGUGACUAACAGUCUAAGCCAGAAAAAAACCGAUAAAUUAGUAGGUUUAGUCAUAGUUAAAAUGGGAAGUAAGAGAAAAUAUUCAAAUUGCUAAAUUCAUGAUUCCUUAAAACAAUUUGGCCACAAAAUUAUUCAAAAAUUAUCAUUUUUACAAGGCGGCAUCAUUUUACUCUCUGAUAUCUUUCGCAGAUAGUAAAGACAAAUUAUGAGGAAUUUUUCUUAGUAUAUGAUACUAAAAGUAAUAUAAUUUUCUAUUUAAAACUAAUAUAAUUUUAUAGUAUUUUUCACAAUUUUAUUGAACUUUUUGAUCAAAGAAAUAUUACAAAAUUAUUCUAAGGCAUUUAGAUUUUAAACUUAUUUAGAUAAUGAAAUGGGAGUGACCCUUAACUUAGUCUUAACAGUCAGACUAGUUUCGAUUCUAUUCUUCUAUUUAAGUGGCCAAAAUCCCGAAACAUUAUAAAUAGACAAUCGAGCGAACAAAUGCCAAAAAUUUUGACAUUUCUAUCAGUGUUCUGCGAAAUGAU